AUGUCCGUUUGUGCUGGGCUACAAUGUGGUAAAGAAACCAAAAGCGAAUUGAAAUGCCCAAUUUGCUUGAAACAAGGCAAAGAUAGUAUUUUUUGUGAUGAUGGUUGCUAUAAAGACAAUUAUAAGGCACAUAAAGCUAUUCAUUAUAAAACUGAGAAUGAUCCAUCAGCUUAUGAUCCCUUCCCAAAAUAUAAAUAUACCGGGAAUUUAAGAGCACAAUAUCCAUUAACUCCAAAGAGGGAGGUUCCAGCAUCAAUCCCUAAGCCAGAUUGGGCCUCUAAUGGUUUUCCAGUUAGUGAGCAACUGAACGAUAGAUUAAAUAAGAUUCCAGUUUAUACUAAAGAGGAAAUUAAGAAGAUCCGCAAAGCUUGUAUGUUGGGAAGAGAAAUCUUGGAUAUUGCAGCCAGCCAUGUCAAACCAGGAGUUAAAACUGAUGAUAUUGAUAAAGUAGUUCAUGAAGAAACCAUCAAAAGAAAUGCCUAUCCAUCUCCAUUGAAUUAUUAUAAUUUUCCAAAAAGUGUUUGUACAUCAGUUAAUGAAGUUAUUUGUCAUGGAAUUCCAGAUCAAUAUGAAUUGAAAGAAGGUGACAUUGUUAAUAUUGAUGUUUCUCUGUUUUAUCAGGGUUUCCAUGCUGAUUUAAACGAAACUUACUAUGUUGGCGAAAAUAUAAGUAAACAGGCUAUAAAUACCGUCGAAACAUCUAGAGAAUGUUUGAAAUUGGCCAUUAAACAUUGUAAACCGGGAGCUACGUUUCAAGAAUUGGGUGAUUACAUUGAAAAAUAUGCAAAUGAAAACAAAUGUUCUGUAGUUAGAACAUAUUGUGGUCACGGGGUUGGUAAAUAUUUUCAUUGUUCUCCAAACAUUCCUCAUUAUGCUAAAAAUAGAACACCAGGUGUUAUGAAACCAGGAAUGGUUUUUACCAUUGAACCAAUGAUUAAUGAGGGCUCCUGGAAAGAUGUUUCUUGGCCAGAUGAUUGGACCUCUUCUACUAUCGAUGGUAAAUUAAGUGCACAAUUUGAACAUACUUUAUUGGUUACAGAACAUGGUGUUGAAAUUUUGACUGCUAGAAAUAAGAAAUCGCCUGGUGGUCCAAGAUCAAGAAUUAAAUAA